AACAAUAUGGAGAGUAACUGAGCAUCAAAAUGCGUACAAUCUUAUUUUUGGGCUUCUUACUUUAUGAUGUGAUCGCUUUUGGUUCGAGAUUGAAUAAUUACGAUUAUGAAGACGGUGAGAACAAACGGCACACAAUCGGAGAAGAGAGGAGGAAUUGGAGGAAGAAGUCUCAAUUGAAACCUAUAGACUCAGAUCACAAGGACUGGGAUGACAGACGUAGGAUGGAGUCGGAUAGCAUGAGAUAUUCCGACGACGAUAAAGGUUACGCUAGCAUGGACCGACAACGCGACAUGGACCCGCCCUCGAGCAUGUUCCGAGGACAGAGGCGAUACGAUGAACUGGACAAGAUGAUAUCAGGAGUUACCAAUGAUUUAGCUCGACCAUCAUCUUUUCUAGAAAAAGAACCAGAAAAGAAACCAAUAUCAAUGUCGAUGAAUUGCGACCGAGCUCACGAGAGAUACGAGCCAUGUUUCGCGGGAUGUGCGUCAGUGACAUGCGACAACCCGCACGACCGGCUGCGUCCCUGCUACCCCUUCUGUGAGCCUGGCUGCGUGUGUGUGCAUCCCUACGUGCGCGAUGACCGCACACAUAAAUGUGUUCUGCCAGAAGAUUGUACCAAGGGUCUUAAAGGAAUUCCAGAUUUGGGAGAUGACAACUAGAAUGUAUAAGAUCGACCUCUACAU